GGUGAGGACAUGUGUAGCAACAUUGUUUCAACUCCUUGCUGAAACCAGUGCACUAUGACAGUAAAUAACAGAGUUCUUCAUAACAUGUCGCAUGUUGUAGAGGGGACAUGACGUCGAUUCGUAAAUAAUGUCUGAAGCUGCUUUCGAGGAAGUUUCCGUUUUAUCGUCCAUUUAUUGCGGAGAAGGAGAGUUCCAGCUCAUCCAACAGUCUGCUCAGGAUGGGCUCAUGGUCCAGAUCAACAGCACCGUUGGAGGAGAGCGAGGGCUGGACGUGAAGCUGUUGUUCCAUUUGCACCCCCGCUACCCUUCCUGUCCCCCCGCCAUCUCUGUCUCCUCCACUUGUCUCUCUAGGACUCAGUGUCACAACAUCAGACAGAAGCUGCUGGAUCAAGCGGCAGCUUUACCUCCAGAACCGAUGGUUCAUCAGCUAGUGGAGUGGUGUCAGCAGUGUGUGGAGGUGACAGAGAACUCCAGAAGUGGUGGUGAUGAGGAGGAGGUAAGAGAUAGAGAAAAGGAGGAGGAGUGGACGGCGGUGCUGUCGUUGGACCACAUCCGAUCUCGAAAUCGCUACACCAGUCUGCUGGAGCGCUGGACCCAGCAGCUGCAGCUAAGUGGCAGGUUACUACUGGGACGGAGUAUACUGGUUAUUCUGCAGGGAGCCAGACCCAACAUCAAGGAGUUUUGUCGCCUUUUGAGGACGGUGAAGGUGGAUGUUGAUUCUUCAGGCAAGAAAUGCAAAGAGAGGAUGAUGAAAGUUCUAACUGAAAGCCCCACGUCUUCCUCCGGUGGACAUAGCCUCCGGGGUUUUGUAGUGAAGAACUACGAGUCGCUCCCAGAGCUGACCGCAGCCUUCCAGGAAAUCAACAUGACUGAGCUUUACCAGCAGAUACGGCCAUCAUUAAGUGACUGACAGCACACAGCCUUUUUCUGUAGAAACAGGUGCAAACAAGAGGUUAUUGAAUUUGAAAUAAAAAAUGAAAGCCUCCUCCUGAUACCCCCCAACAUAACACUGUAACUGUGCUGUAGCAUCGGCUCAACAACAGACACAGUGAAAAAUAUUGGUUUCAUAAUUGCUGAGGUGUAUUUUGACACUUGAUUUAAUUCUCAUUGAUGGACUGAUUCAUCAAUCAGAUACAGACUAGAUCAAAGGAGAAUAUUUGACCAUAUCAACAAAGCUGUAUUUUGUGCCAACUGUAGUAGAACAUUUCAUGAAUCAGCAUCUUUUUGGCCUCACUGGUUCCUCUACUGGUUACACAUUCUUGAGGCAGGUUAAGCGAUGAUACAGUAAAGUAAGAAAGUAUUCUAAGUAAUUUAUACUGCAUGAAGUGAACACAUACAAGUUUUGUAUUUUUAUAUGUAUUAUUCAUCAUUGUAUUUAUAUUUGAUACCAGGGAAACAUGGGGGCUAGCAGAUUUUAACAGGUUAUCUUGUGCAAUCCGUUUCACUCAUGGCAUUAAAGAAUAGCAGUAAAAUCUUAAUAUCAAUUCUAAACCUCACAGGUGACCAGUGAAGGGAAGCAAGUUCAAGUAUUUAUUCUUGUAUUGUACUCUUCUAUUUUUGUCAUGAUACAAUACAGGAUGCACAGAAAAUAAAUAGAUAUUAACACAUAUUUAAAUUAGAAUGCAAUAUGAUCAAUGAAAUAGGCAAAGGGUGAACAGGCUGUGGAUGGAGUGGCUGUGGUCGCUUCUCUUAGCACGUGUUAAAAGCCUGGCAACAGUGUUCUGUAUAAGCUGCAGUCUUUGGAUGUUCAACCUGCUUAGACCUGAACAAGGUGCAUCGCAAUAGUCUGGGGGAGAUAAAAGCAUGGAGUACCUUUUCUAGGAGAGGAAUGACCAGAACUUGGUUAAAUGUGCUAUUCGGAUAAAGCAAGACUGCACAACUUAAGUUACCAGUGCAUCAAAAGACAACUUAGUUGAAAUAUUAACUCUUUCUGUAUCUCUCACUCUCUUACUUGCUCUUUGAGCCAGGGAGAGGAGUAAUUUUGUAUUUGACAGCUACAGAAUCUCAAAAAUGAUCAGUGCGAGGGGCACAUUCAUCAGGAUUCAUCCAAUGAAUUUUUAAAGAAAUCUAUAUGGUUGGCCAUGAUAAAAUCCUGUCAAAAGAUUUCCAAAGAAGAAAUCUUACAUUAAUUUAACAAACAAGAGCACUUUCAACAGCAGGGAUGAAAUAAAUGGUUUUGACUAUGAUGGUAUUGUUUGGACUGUUUGAGUAGACUGUAAAUAGACUUUCAAUAAUUCAAACAGUAAUUUAGUGGGGAAUACAAACCAGCACCAGCAGGACCGACACCGUCUGGGACAGGGCUAUGAAGUGCCAGGCCAGAAUGCAGUGCAGGCUCAUGCUAAUGCAAUUAGGAAUACGCGGUGAAAAACAAACGCACCUGCUAACACUCAAAGCGCUUGUUGAGCACAAAUGAUCGAUCUUAUAGGACGCCCUACUGGGGUAAUAGUACGUAAAAUUGUACUUAAAAUAAAUAAACAAACACAGGGGAGUGGGGAAUAUUCCGAUAACUCUAAAUUUACGAUUAUUAAUUUUAAGAGAAAAAAUCUUGUAUACUCUGAUAUUAGAGUGGGAAAUUUCUGAGUGUUAAUUUGAGAAAUUAGGAAGUGAUACAUUUAUGAUAAAAAAAACUUUAAGGACAAUACAAGUGAAAUGGGUUUCAAUUUUUUUUUUUUAUAAGAAAUAAAAUAUUCUAAGGUUUGGCAGCU